AGUUGCAGAACUUAUUCUUUGACGAGUGGGUUACAGUUGAACAAGGCGCUUUCAAGAAUCUUGUGAAAUCUACGUCAAGGUCGAUUCCAGGAUAUUAAUCGCCGAGAAAAUAAUAAUUAUGAUGUCAAACUGGGAAACUGGGAAGUUUGUGUGCACAAGAACCUCCCUCAUCAGGAAAAGACAGAAGCAGGGACGACCGAAAACGUUAGAAUAAAUUCAACAAAAAUGUCUGAAAACCUAGAAAGUGAAGAAAAUGGUAAAUUCCAUGAAACCGAAAUAGCAGACACACAACGCAAUGAAAAUAGGAAAACAACGAGGAAGUGUUUUUUAAAGAUAACUGAUGAGGUCGAUCUAAACGUUAGCCACACUUUUUCCGGACUUUGCCACAGAUGCUGCUACUGGUUUGGUUUAGCUUUCCUGGCUUUCAUUGGUGGUAGUGUUGCUGUUGGUAUAUUGUGCGGUUUGCAGAUAUCUAUGAUAAUUAUAGGUACUAUCCACAGAAACAACUGUCCUGCCCAACCCUGCAUUCCCAUUUACAUGACUACUUCUGGGUGUUUAGGUAUUGUAGGCGUCUUGAUAGGUGUCACCCGUCAAGUCAUGGAGAAAAGAGGCAGAAAGAGAAUAGUAAUAUUUCUCCACAAAUUCGUUCUUGUGUCGUCAAUCUGCAUCAUUCUACCUUGGUAUGUUGUGGGUUGCGUUUGGCUUUAUCAAACCUAUGAACCACAAUAUGAAGACAAGUCCAGCGCCGAUUACUGCCAUAAAUCUCUCUACCUCUUCGCUUUCUUUUUUCAAUCGAUUUUGUUCAUGUUCAUUUGCCUUCUAAUUCUUCUGGAGAUUUUGUAUCGUUUUAUUGAAUUCUAUAGAUUAUUUAAAAAACGGUAAUUACCUCCAUAUAAAUGUAACAAAUGUGACCACUAUUUGGAUGCAGUGGAGAGAACGGAAAAGGUUACAAUAAUGCUUCCAAGCAGAAAAUGUGAAUCAUGUUGAUUGAGGAUAAGCUGAUUAUCACGAUUAAGGUUUCAUGCUAGCUGGUUGUGAAAAGGAGAAUUAGUAUUGUAGCUUUAACCGUACAUUCACGUGACUUUACUUUCCUCCAGCUAAAACAGCGUUAAGUAUUGGCGGUAUUCGAAUCACCAGUGUAAAUAAAAUGUGCUGAAUUAUAAAAGCGUUCACAUUAGAACACGAUCAUAAUAAUGUAUUAAAAACUGCUUUUAUUCUUCAUUGAAGCCAUUAUGAAGUUUGCUUUAAUGGGAAAAUCUGAAGUGCCCGAAAUCAACUUAUUUGGAUAAGUUUUGCUCUAACUUGGAGAAAAUGAUUUUUAACAUGAAACUGGUAUACAUUACCAUCAUCCUUUGUUGAAAUAAUGAAACCUUAAAUUUGUCUAUACUUUAGAAUUGUUUUUAUUUCUUUGUAUGGAACGAUAUUGUAUGUUUCAGUGUA